AUGCGACACGCCACCCACGCCACCUACCACCCGAGCCAUCCAUCACCCACACGAUCUGCCAUGCACCAUCCUCGCCACACACCACCUCUACUUCCACCCACGCCACCUACCACCCACGCCUCCUACCCACACUACACACCACCCGCAUCAUCUGCCACCAACGCCACACACCACCUACCACCCACGCUACCUACCAUCCACGCCACACAUCACCCAUGCCACACGCCACCUACCCCCAAGCCACCUAACCCACAUCACCUGCCAUCCACCAUCCUCGCCACACACCAACUCUACCUUCCACCCACGCCACUCACCACCCACGCCACCUACCACCCACGCCACACACCACCCUUGUCACCUACCACCCACGCCACACACCACCCUUGUCACCUACCACCCACGCCACACACCACCCUUGUCACCUACCACCUACCCACACCACCUACCAUCAACGCCACACGCUUAUGA